CAACCUCUCUCGUAGCUUCCAACCUCAUCAGCACAGAGGGAUGCAGAGGAAGACCGGAGAAGAUAAUAAAUCAUAAUAAAGAACUGCGAAUAAAAAGGAAAAUGGCCAGCCAGUCCCAAGGCAUCCAACAGCUUUUGCAAGCAGAAAAACGAGCCGCUGAGAAGGUCGCCGAAGCGAGAAAACGUAAGACCCGACGUUUGAAGCAAGCCAAAGAAGAAGCUCAAGCUGAGAUUGAACAGUACAGGACAGAAAGAGAAAGGGAGUUUCAGCAGAAGCAGCAAGCGGCUAUGGGCUCUCAAGGCAAUUUGUCCUCAGAGGUGGAGCAGCAGACCAAGAAGAAGAUUCAGACCAUGCAGACCAAUUACCAACGUAACCGAGAGAAGAUGUUAAGGCAGCUGCUGACCCUGGUGUGUGAAAUCAAGCCAGAGAUUCACAACAAUUACAAAAUCGGAGCAUAAGGAAGAGAAAGAAUAAGGCAGAGUUAAAGGGUGUGAGAUGGAGUAGAUGGAUAAAUCAGAAGAAAAUAUUUUAGGUUAAUCAGUUAAUAAGAACACUAGACCAUUUUAUCAUCUUGAUAUUCAUUAGAGCAGGGUGUGGGAGUAAGAGAACAGAUAACAAUAUAUGUAAAUAAGAUGGUGGAUGUGCUGUGUUUGCUGAAGUAUGACAGGGAGAAUAACAGAUUGGAAUGACUGAAGGAGGAGGUGGAAAUAGACAUUAAUCAGCUGGCCAGAGAUCAGUAAGGCAGGACAUCUGUUUGUCUUCUGCAUCACUGAAUCGGGUGAGGGGUUGGGGAAAUCAAACUUCAACAUACACAAUGCCUACCAUUGUGGUUGAUUAUUUUCAAAUCACUAAAUCUAAUUGCUGUUCAGGCCUACUGUAUACAUUGGGUUAAAUCAACACACCACAAUAUGCUCACAUUUACAAAUCACAUUGUUUACUUGAAAAUUGCAUCAAAUUGGAAUGAUGUUUUAUGCUUAAUCAGAGUUUUAUUCUUUGUCAAAUACAAAUUAAUGAAGGCAGUUUCAGGAUGAAGAGAAUACCUUUAAUGACAUGUGCGUUGAGUCACCAGCAGUAAACCAACAAGGAGAUGACUGAAUGACAGCUGUUGAUUACACUUCUUAAAUGCGGUUAAUUAAAGGAGUAUGUGAUCAGUGGGCAUUUCUCAUCUCCAUACAAGUUAAUGAUAAAUGGACCCUUGGAGUUGUAACACCUGUUACUCUUACUUUAACAGGUUCUUUAUCAAUGCUUAACCUAGUACUUGUAGUGGAAGUUCAGCGCAGCCUGAGUCUGGGUCACAGAUCACAGGGCUUCAAUACAAACGCCUAGUGGUAAGAGCAAAAGCUAAUAGUACAAAGGUUAUAAUAAUCAAUAUAAUAAUCAAAUAGUGAAAAUCAGAUUUAAUAGCAAGAAUCAUCUCGUGAAAAUUUCCAUAAAUAUCUUUGCCACCUUUAGCAGUUUUAUGAGGAGAUCAAGAAGAAGGACAGCCCCAAUCACAAUCUCUUUUUACUUCAAUGAGGCCUCUACCCAUUUGCCGAUGUUUUCUGGGUUCUCCUCUCCAUCUCUAGUCACCACCCCUCAUGGAUUUAAGAUGAAAUCGUAUAACAUUAGUGCCUCUGCAGGCUGAUCCUCCCCGACAUUGAUGGCAUCUAUUACAGUUUAUAACAGUCAUACCCAGUUCUGUUGUUACCACAAUCAUUCAAAGUUGGUCACAUUAGUGGAAUAUAUAUACACAUAUAAUCAGUUCUUUUUGCAGGUAUUCAGUGGCAGACACGAUUGUUUUACUUUCACAUCUCCUUUUCGCUACUUCCAAAACAGCAUGGGUAAUAUGGGAGCUUCUCCUACAAUUGACUCCCAUGGUUGGUUCCUGUCAAGAUGGAUAGACUCUGGCUAACCUGAUCCAGUAUUGGUACAAUAAGGUUCAGAAAACCGAUAGAUAACAUGGAAAAGAAACGAUUCAAAGAGAUUGAAUGUUUGUGUUGCAAAGUGUUGUUGACAGUCAGUUCCUGCAUGAUGCUGUGUUACAAAUCUUACAUAAUGAAAUACUGUAUCUGUACUGUAACGUAUGUGUGUACUUUUUUUUGUCCAAACCAUGAUGUGAAAUCAAAACACUUGGAACAUUCUGUCUUACAAGAUUUGUUUCUUUUAUUAUGACUGCUGCACAUGUUCAUGUACUUGGAAUGAGAGACAAGAGUAAAAAUACUGCUAAACACUUUGAAUCUCCAGUAGUAAAAACACACGUGGGAUGCAAAGAAUGUCAGAAAGCUAAAAUUCUGUGCUUCUCGUCACCAAAUUCCAGACCUUUCACCUGUUUCCUUAAAUUUUCUAUCCAUUCCUCCUGUUCUAGUGUCUUUUGCCACACAUUAUUAACGUUGAGAAAGACCAACUCAUUAUUAUUUUGACAAGUGUGCCACAUUCCUUUCCAAAAAUCUAAAGUAUCAGCAAACAUUACCAAAAAGUCCAUUAAAAUUUUUUUGCACAGUACUUCUGUGGUAUAAUUCUCACUUCAAAUUAUCAAGUCAUACAGUAUGCUCACAACAUUCCAUAUACAUUUAACUAAAAUAUCGUCAACUUAUCCACUUAAGGAAGAUGCCUUGAGCAAAAAUUGAACACUUUUGAGAUAUUUGAACAUCUGAAUAUAGACACCUUUUCAGCAUUCAGACAGAGUCUGAAAACAGAUUUGUUUAGUCAGGCAUAUAAAUAUUCGCAAAAUCAAUUAUAUAUUUUUUGUUUUCAUCUUUCCUUUUAAAUGAACUAUAGCAUUAUUUUUUAAUUUGUGUAAGGCAACAUGGACAAUGUUAAUUUAAUUUCUAUCUUUUUAACUUUAUUUUUGUAUCUGGUGCCGGCUCAAGGUGAUUUGGUUUAAGUUUAGAAGUUUAAUGUAGUGUAAGGAAAUUUUCUUUACCACUGACAUCUUAGACUUUCUUAUUGGUAGUGAAGGCCCAGAGAUUUGUAAAGCUGCUCUGUGAUGAUACCAGAUAUAAAAUGCAGUACGUAUUGUAUCUAUCUAUCUAUCUAUUGUAAAUAAAAUGUGAUUGAUGGACUUGCGCUAUAUUUUGGAAAGGCAGAUGUUCGGUCUGGACAGGCUCUAGUCCCUGACGAUACUGACAACACUGUACUGAAUUAAAGAGAGUCUGGAAAAUGA